UUCAAAUAGCUGUUUGUUAUAAGCCGAGUUGAUGGCCCACGUCACUGCGCUGAAGCAUUGUUGUAUCUUUUGUUACUAAACUGCGUGGUACCAUUUCGAGGUCUUCUGAUGUUUAAUUGUUACCCGAUUUCCUCUAACGUUGCUCAAACCGCAUGAUUUCGACAAGAACAAUGAAGGUGCUAGGAGUAUUUACAGUUGCUGUAGUCUCAUUAAUUUAUCUGCUCAUGCCAGCAGAUGCAGAAGCCAAGGAGGCAACAAAGAAAAAUGCUUUGGUGACUGACAAGGUCUUCUUUGAUAUUACAAUUGGAGAUGAAAAAACUGGCAGGAUUGUGAUCGGUCUCUUUGGACAAACUGUUCCUAAAACAGCCAAGAACUUCAUCGGCUUGGCCACUGGUGAGGUAAGCAAGGAAUCAUGCCUGUUUUAUAUUCGACAUCAAUCAUUACUUUGAGAAAGCAGGAUUUUU